AUGUCCAACAACACAAGUUCCAUAUCGUUUAUUUACUCCAACAAAGGUGGUUCUCAACUGGUUCACGAUGGUUUCGUAUUCAAAUUGAAUAAGAAGACAUCAACAAAAAUUUAUUGGAAAUGCACAGUGACAAACUGUCCGGCGCAUAUUCAUACGGAUAUCAAUAAUAAUUUGCUAAACACAACUGGUGAACAUAAUCAUUUGCUUGAACCGGAGAAUUUGAAGGUGAAACGAUUUCGAACAGUUCUCAAGGAACGUGUGAUAAACGAAACAGUACCAAUACAGAAAAUCUAUGACGAAGAAAUUGUCAAAGCAAAUUUUUCACCAGAGAUUCUUGCAUCAGUUCCACUCGCUCACCACAUACAAGCAGGAUUGAAUCAGGCACGAAGAAAAUUAACGCCAACAUUACCUACAUCAAAUUCAUUCGAUAUUCCUGGUGGAUAUCAAACCACAGCCUCUGGUGAAACUUUCUUGAUUUGCGACAAAUUGGUUUCUCGGAAGAAAAGAAUGUUGGUUUUUGGUAGUCCAAAACAAUUACAAUUGUUAUUCGACAGUUCUAUUAUUUUUCUUGAUGGAACGUUUCGAACAACACCACCGUUUUUCGACCAGGUUUUUACCAUUCAUGGUUUGAAAUUUGAUUGUGCUUUUCCAUGUGUAUUUGCCUUAUUACCUGAUCGAAAAAAACCGACAUAUCAACAAUUAUUUAAAGAAUUAAAUGCUGUUGCUGUAUCUAUGGGUCGAACAUGGAAGCCUGAGCAGAUUAUGUCUGAUUUUGAAACCAGCUUGAUACCAGCAGUAUCUGCCGAAUUUCCUGAAAGUGCUCACAAAGGGUGUCAUUUUCAUUUUAAUCAGUGCCUAUAUCGACGUAUCCAAUCUCUUGGUUUAGCCACGGCUUAUUCACAUGAUGAGUCAGUUCGAAGCUGUUGCCGUAAAUUGAUGGCAUUACCAUUUUUACCAAUUCAAGAAGUUGAAACUUCUUUUUAUAAUUUACGUGCAACAGCAGAUCCAACAGUGAAGAAACAACUUCGCGAAUUAUUUUUAUAUUUUGAUGAUUAUUGGAUUAAUAAUAUACCAAUUGAAAUGUGGAAUGUUCAUGAUUAUCAACAUCGAACUAAUAAUAUAUGUGAAGGAUUUCACAACAGAUUAAAUCGACGAAUGGGACGAGCACAUGCAAAUAUAUGGUCAUUCAUCAGAUGCAUUGUUAGUGAAGAAAGCCGAUUUCAACACUUAUACGUGCAAAUCAGUACAGGUGCUAAACGUCGACCAAUUUCAAGUUCUACUAAUGGUAUUCAAAAACGUAUCGAUACUCUUAUGGCACGUUACAACAACAACGACAUCGACGUUGAACAAUUGUUGGAUAACUUAUCAUUGCUCAUUGCGAAAAAAACAUAA